AUGUUGUCUGCUCCCGUUAAAUCGGCGAAGCGCAUCUCGUCCCUGUUCUCGCUGGGUGGGCAUAAGGAUCAGAACGGAUCUGGGUCGCCUGCCUCUGCAGGUUUCCCCAACGAUAUCUCCAACGACCGACGGCAACGCAGCAGCUCCCGCCCAACUCGCCAUGUCUCGACCCCCAAUGCUGCCUUUUCGGAGCCUAGGACGGUGCCUAACUCUGCCCAGAUGGACCAGUUCGAUCUGGACAGCCUUCCGCCCCCGCCAUCGCUCCUGGCCGUGAACCACGAUCUCGCCAGCAGUGCUCCCAGUUCGCCCGUCGACAGCCGCCCUCGCAGCAGGGGUCGCGAUUUCAGCCGGCCCUCCAGUUCGGCCGGAUUGACAAUCCCCGGUUCCACCCCAGACUCCCGCCCGAGCACGCCCUCAAAACGCCGAAGCUGGAUGCCUGGGAUGGCGGGUCGAUCGCGGGCAAGCUCGGUCGACAAGCGGCCGCCGGCUCCCGCCCUGCCUGGCGCGUGGAUCGCCGGGCUCGAUCAAAAAGUGGUGUACGAUAUGGGGCCACUCGCGAGAGGAGAUCAGGUCUCUGAACUGUGGAAUGAGCAAGGUGAUACCUAUGUCUAUUUGUUCCCUCAAAAUACUGGCCGUUCGGCUUCGUUCAAGGUGGAUUCGACUGUCUUUGCCGAAUCUCCCUCCCUCACAUUCCUCGCCCGCGGCACUGAUGCCAAAACCAAUGGCCUGGAGCAGCCUACGCGCACUCUCUCCCUCCAAAGCCCCAUGUCUCCGCCUUUGACCCCGCAAGACCAGCUGGAAGACGAUGACAACGACAGCUCGGGCAGCCAAAGAAUGGCCUUUGAAGACGGCGGGGAUGAGGAACAGGAGUUGCACCUGUACCUGCCUAUCCCAUUAAACAGUGAUGUGUCGAACCCCCAGUGCCGCCUGUCGCAGGACGAUACCGAGACCCUACUCUUGUUCCGCAACUUGUUUGCUUUCCUCUUGGGACAGUCCCUCAUCGCUACGCCCAAGUCAUCUUCCCUUUUCAGCAUAUUCAUGGAUGUUGCUGUACUGCUCGCCCGGUUCGAAUUCUCCAACCUGGACGGGUCCAACUUUGGCGAAACCGCUACAUCCAGCUUUAGCAACUACUGUGACGAACUGCGCCUGGCCGAUGUGCGUAGGAGUCGCGAAAAAACAAUCGAGGCCAUUGUUCUUGGCGAACGCCUGCGAUACUACCCCCUCUAUCUCGAAGGAUUCGUCCACGGUGUUGGAAAGCUGGACGAGAUCAAGCAGCUGCGAAGUCCCAAGUUCAACUUCAUUCACCCCAUCACCCAGAAGCGACUUGAGCGUGGUUUCAUCGAUCUCGACACUCGCCUUCGCGGUCUAUAUGGCAAACUUGAGGAUUUCGACUUCCCGUCGGUCUUCUCGGGUAUUGCCAACUCCACCACCUCGGUCGAGAGCAAGGUCGUGCGUUUCAAGAACUGGAAGGUCGGCUUUAUGGAAUUCCGCCGCUUCACGAUGGGCUUCUACCGACAGAAGUAUGGCGCGUGGCCACCGAAGGCUCGGUCCAAGAAGAACGCAUUCGAGGAGAGUGGUCUCAAUCGCCUCCUUCUCCUGGAUCUCUACCGCGACUUUACCGACCUCUAUGACCUUCUGGUUGACCGGGCAUCACUCACUACCCGCACGAUAGACUCUUCCGGUGCUGGCGGUGACAACACCUCUACCAACCCCAAGGACGUGACCGUUCGCGCUCUCCGCCAGAUACUUAGCGAGUACGACCGCAGUACGCCGCCCGUUCUUCCCCCAAUCCCCUUCGAUAUCCCACAGUUGCCGUCGGUCCAGCCGCUGCACCGUAAGCCGCUAGAUGCGAAGAAGGAGGCGAAGCAGAAUGGCAAGAAGCUCAAGAGUGCGGAUGUCAAUGCUGUUCUGAUGGGAUCUUACACCCGUGAGAGCAUGCGUCCCACCCCCUUCAUCGAGAGCUUCAUGCAGUUUGAACGGCGCUGCGCCAGCGGCAAGAGCGUUUCCGACUUGAUCGACCUGCGCUGCGGCCAAUGGAUCUUCCUGUACUCGGUCAUCCAGUCGUUGCCCAUGCUCGUCGUGAACGUUCCCGAAGUUCGUUUCACGGACGGCGUGGAGUACUUCCUCUGUAUUGCUCCUCGCGGUGGAGCCCCUUGGAUUCACAACGACACCAAGACCGCUCGCAGCUGGUUUGGGGUUGCAGGUGGUGCAGGUGUUGUCAGUCUGCCCUCGGACGUGGUUAUCAACGGUGUGGAAGGUGUCUACCGCCGCAGUCACUGCUGGCAGGUGGCCCAGCAGUGGGCCGAAGCUGGCCAAUUGAUUGAACCUCCGCUUGUAGACGACGGCUUCGAGGAGAACGAAUCCUCCAUCUCCUCGCCCUACCAGGCUCAACAGUCCUCUGCCGACUCCUCCUCAGACCCACAACCGCCGCUGUCGAUGAUGGGACCCCCUCCUGGUGGUCUCACCCCACCUCCUCCUGCCAUCCCUCGCACACGCUCUCCUGGCGCUGUCAAUCGGGCGGAGCAUCGUCACUCGAUCUACCCAGGUCUGGAGGCUCUUCCACUGCCUGCCGGUAUUGCUCCGAUCGAACCCCCUGCGCGCCCCAUCAGCCGCUUUAACCCGAACAUGAGUUUCGACGACAUCCUGAAGGAAGUCCCCAAGAAGGACAAGAAGAAGCACUAA